AUGGACAGGACGGAACUCUCCUUUGGGAUGGUGAUGCUGCUACAGAUCAGCAUUGGGGUCUUAGUGAACGUCUUCCUCAUCCUGUUUUAUAUUCGCGUGAUCUCUGCCACCCAUAAGAUCAGCUCUUCUGAUCUGAUCCUGGCUCACCUGGCCUUAGCCAACACCAUCAUCCUCCUGGCCAGUGGAAUCCCCGAGACCAUGUCAGCUUGGGGGCGAAGAAAUUUCUUGAACGCUGUUGGAUGCAAAAUCCUCAUUUAUAUCUAUAGGAUAGCCCGGGGCCUUGCCAUCUGCACCACCUGCCUCCUGAGCAUCUUCCAGGCCGUCACCAUCAGCCCCGGCACUUCCCGGUGGGCGGGGGUCAAAGCUAAAUUGCCCAAGUGGAUUCUUCCCCUCUGCCUCCUCUCCUGGAUCCUCUCCAUGUUAAUAGACGCUAAUGCACUGAUAUAUAUCACGGGGCCACAGAACAGCAGCGCUGUUCGGAUUACCCUGGACCUCAAAUACUGCUCGACACUCACUGCCAGUGCAGAAAUCGCCCUGGCCAUUGCUUUUAUGCUCUCCACCCGGGACCUGUUCUUCGUGGUAUUAAUGAGCGCGGCCAGCGGCUACAUGGUGUUUGUCCUGUACAGACACCACCGGCGGGUCCGACACCUCCACGGGCCCGACGGCCCCUCCAGGGCGAUGCCCGAGGUCCGAGCGGCCAAGAGAGUCAUCGCCCUGGUCACCCUCUACGUCAUCCUCUACGGGAGGCAGUCAGUCAUGCUGAGCUUUAUUUUUAACAUGAAAGAGAAAUCCCCUCUGCUGGUCAACAGUCACAUGGUGUUGUCAUUCACCUUCUCAGUUGUCAGUCCCUUCCUGAUCGUUCACAGCGACAGGAGGAUGAGAACUUUCUGGGGAAGGGAAUCUCCUGGGUCCAACACGGAUCCCUCUUAG